GAUGUUUUCCUCUUGGCGUCCAGCGCCAGGAUUGGCCGGCAGUGGGGGUGGAGCAGUGAGGACCAAGAGAACCGCCAUGGCCGCAGCUGCUCGCUCUCGGGUCGCUCACUUGCUGAGGCACCUGCAAAGCACAGCAUGCCAGUGCCCAACUCAUUCUCACACUUACUCCCAAGCCCCCGGACUCUCACCUUCUGGAAAAACAACAGAUUAUGCAUUUGAGAUGGCUGUUUCAAAUAUUAGAUAUGGAGCAGGGGUUACAAAGGAAGUGGGCAUGGAUCUACAGAAUAUGGGAGCUAAGAAGGUUUGCUUGAUGACAGACAAGAACCUCUCCCAGCUCCCUCCCGUACAAACAGUUAUGGAUUCCCUAGUGAAGAGUGGUAUCAGCUUUCAGGUUUAUGACAGCGUGAGGGUGGAACCCACAGACGGAAGCUUCAUGGAUGCGAUUGAAUUUGCCAAAAAGGGAGCCUUCGAUGCCUAUGUGGCUGUGGGUGGGGGCUCCACCAUGGAUACCUGUAAAGCCACUAAUCUGUAUGCGUCCAGCCCUCACUCUGAGUUCCUUGACUAUGUCAAUGCCCCCAUUGGGAAGGGGAAGCCAGUGACUGUGCCUCUGAAACCUCUGAUUGCAGUUCCAACGACCUCAGGAACUGGCAGCGAAACGACGGGGGUUGCCAUCUUUGACUAUGAACAUAUGAAAGUAAAAACUGGCAUUGCUUCACGAGCCAUCAAGCCCACGCUGGGACUAGUUGAUCCUCUGCACACUCUCCACAUGCCUUGUCAGGUGGUUGCCAACAGUGGCUUUGAUGUCCUUUGCCACGCUCUGGAGUCAUACACAGCCAUUCCCUAUAGCAUGCGGAGUCCCUGCCCUUCCAACCCCAUCCAACGACCAGCCUACCAGGGCAGCAACCCAAUCAGCGACAUCUGGGCAGUUCACGCACUGCGGAUUGUUGCCAAGUAUCUGAAGAGGGCUGUCAAAAAUCCUGAUGAUCUGGAAGCAAGGUCUAGUAUGCACUUGGCAAGCGCUUUCGCUGGCAUCGGCUUUGGAAAUGCUGGUGUUCAUCUGUGCCAUGGCAUGUCUUACCCAAUCUCAGGUUUAGUGAAGACAUAUAAAGCCAAGGAAUACAAUGUGGAUCACCCUCUGGUGCCCCAUGGCCUCUCUGUGGUGCUCACAUCCCCAGCAGUGUUCACCUUCACAGCCCAGAUGUUUCCGGAGCGGCACCUGGAGACAGCAGAAAUAUUAGGAGCCGACAUCCGCACUGCCAGGACCGAAGAUGCUGGGCUUGUGUUGGCAGAUACCCUCCGACAAUUCCUGUUUGACCUAAAUGUUGAUGACGGUCUUGCUGCCCUCGGUUACUCCAAGGAUGACAUCCCUUCAUUGGUGAAAGGGACACUGCCCCAGGAAAGGGUCACCAAGCUUGCACCCCGUGCCCAGUCAGAAGAGGACUUGUCUGCCUUGUUUGAAGCAUCAAUGAAACUGUACUGACCGUGGAAACGAUCACUGUCGCCUUUGUAACAGAAAUCACAGUUAGCGGACGUGGGUCAGGCUUGUCUUUGUCUUUUAUCUCCACACUUGAUUCAUCUGCUGCUGGUUUGAAUGUGACACGAUUGUAUCCUUGGGAGAUUCCUUGAUGUUCAUUAUGUAAAACCUGGAGGUCACACUCCAGGGGUCAGUGUUCCUGCACCAAAUCCUGAUGAACACUCUCAGUCCAUGUGCCAAAUGGACAAAAACUGUCUAUUAGAUAUACAAAUAUGCAUAGCCUAUGUCCAGACACUGCAUGUCUAAAAGUUUAUCCUGUGGAAAUACUAGUAUUAGUGUGCAAAAAAAUGACAAGAAUAUCUCUGACAGUACCUUUUGGGGUAAUAAAAAUUAAAACAAUCUAAAUAUGGUAGAAUACUGUGGUAUUAUUAAUAAAGAUGAAGUAAAUCUCUUGGAAA